UAGAGGGUAUUGCUUUCAGUCAGUUUCUUCAGAAACUUCAAUAUCUUCCACUCUACCUUCACAAAUUCCAAAAGGAAGUACUGGCGAAUGGGUUGCAAGAUAAACAACUCAACCCCUCCAAUUCUAUGGAGGAUUUCAACGAAGAACCAGAGGUCUAGAACAAAAAUCAUCUCCUUCUCUUCCACCACCACAGACUCUCCAACCUCAUAUCGAAACUCUAAACUUUACACUGUCAAGUUCAAGACCUUAAGUGCCUGCAAGCUUGGCAUAGCUCGAUAUCCCGAUUUCGAAUACAAUGCUGAAGGUGGCGCAGGAACAGGAGUUGGUACAACAGAAAGCAGCUACACGAGUGAAGUUUCAGUGUCAUUUGACAUUGACACGCUCUACAUACCACCGCUGCAGACUUCAACAACAAGGUUUCUUGGAUUGCCAUUGCCCCCGUUUCUGAAGAUUGACGUUGUCCCGGAGCUUUUUCGUGGCUGCAUCAAUCAAGAAUCCGGCAAGGUUGAUCUUGAGUUCAAGGCCAAGUUCUACUUUUCGGUCGGGAGCAUCUAUAGAGCUCCUCCGCUUGUGGUGGAGACCAUUUUGACAUCUGAGGAAUCGAGAGGAACUAUGAGACGUGGAAAAGGGGAGAGGUUGGAUAAACAAGGUUACUGCAAAUUGGUUGGAGUGGCAACUGUUGAUCCUAUUGAUGACUUGUUCAUUAACACCUUCCUUGGCCUCCCUACUGAAUGCCUGGCAGGCAUGAAUGCUGUUAUUUCUAUAUCUACAUCUUAG